CAAACUUUCAUUUUUGCACUGACCAGAAACUCUCUUUUUCCCACCCAACUUUUCAAAAUUGCCAGUUAAUCAAAAACUCCAUUAUUUGCCCCUGUUCUAGUCCCAUCCCAUCCCUAAAUAGCUCUAGAUUGGCUGGAUCCCUGAAGCAGAGAGUGUAGAACCGUCCCAGGAGCUGUCACGGAACACCUGACCUUACCCUAAUGCUUUCCCUCAGUAGGGUUUUCUGUUGUGAGCUCCUGGGGAUGUGACCACAAUCGGGCCUGGAGGAAAGGACAACACCAGAGAGGAAGCAGGUGAGCAGGGAGUUAGACCAGCUGAGAACCCUGCAGGAGAGCACGGGAGUCCCAGCAAAGCCGCCCAGAGCCCCUCUAGCAGGGAGCAGGGAAGAAGGAGGGGGAUCCCCGGAGCUGCCUGGGAGAAGCCAAAGGGAACAGUCCUGGUAGCGAAGCCGAGCUGCAGGCAGGCUUGUUGAAGGAUUGGCUGCACACAUAACCCCAGGCUGCUGGAGCACCCCGUCGGCCACACCCAUGGGUGAGAAGGCCAACACGUGCCCAUACUGCGGGAAGGGCUUCCGGCGCAGCUCCCACCUGACCCGGCACCUGGGCACCCACUCAGGCGGAGAGCAGCGCCCCUAUGCCUGCAGCCACCGUGGCAAGGGCCCGGCCCUGACUCCGCCGCCGGCGGGCGAGCGCCCCUACGCCUGCACCCACUGUGGGAAAGCCUUUGGGCGCAGCGCCCACCUGGCCCGGCACCAGGAGACCCACUCCGGUGAACGCCCCUACAAGUGCACCUACUGCGGGAAAGCCUUCGGGCGCAAUGCCCACCUGACCCGGCACCACGGCACCCACACCGGCGAGCGCCCCUACCAGUGCGGUAUCUGUGGCAGGGCCUUCACCCGCGACGCCCACCUGACCCGGCACCAGCUCGUCCACACCGGCGAGAAGCCCUUCCAGUGCGGCGUCUGCGGCAAAGCCUUCACCCGCAGCGCCCACCUGGCCCGGCACCAGGGCAUCCACACGGGCGAGAAGCCCUUCGAGUGUGGGGUCUGCGGCAAAGGCUUCACCCGCGAUGCCCACCUGGCCCGGCACCGGGCCACUCACACUGGCGAGCGCCCCUACAAGUGCGCCGACUGCGGGAAGGGCUUCGGAGCCACCUCCCACCUCCUCCGCCACCAGAGGACCCACCAGGAGUAGCUGCCCUGGCAUGGAGCGUGGGAACCAAGGGGCAGUGGUUCCCACGCCCCUGGUGCCCUCCUCCAUCAUGGGAGGAGAGGGCAUGGGAAUCGGGGGGCACCAGUUCCCGCGCUGCCACCCUCUGGGGCGUCCCUCCCACAUGGGAAUCAGGGUGGCAACAGUUCCCGCGCUGCCACCCUCUGGGGCGUCCCUCCCACAUGGGGAACUGAGGGGAUGCCAGCUGUCAUGCCCACUCCUUUCCCAUGGGAGGGUGUGGGACUCAGGGGGGUGCCAGCUCCUAUGCCACUUCUGCCCAGAGUGCACCAUCCUCCGGGGAGGGCGUGGGAACCAAGGGGGCACCACUUCCCGUGCUGCCACCCACUGGGGUGCUCAUCCCCCGGAGGGAGAACUGGUGCCCCUGCUUACACACACUGACAUGCUCCUACUCCCCUGGGCUGGGCGUGGGAAUCAAGGGGGGGCAGCUGCAACGACCGUACAGGAGGAUCUGGCCCAGAGUUGGGCUCCGGGCAUCCUUGGGGCGUGGAUGUUAACGCGGGCUGCCUGGGGAGCGCACGGAAUCACCGGCCCCGUGGCCGGUCUGCCCUGCGAAGGGACGACGAUCCAGCCGUAUCUAAAACCUCGUCCAGACAGCGAGAUUAACUGAAACAGCAGCCCCAGGUGGACGCGCUUUUCUGAGGGAAAAAGAACUCUAUCCCGGGACAAUUGCUCUGCCCCCAAAGCGACGCCCUUGCCCAGCCCCGGCGACAGGCCCAGAUGCCUUCUGCUCUGCCAGGCUGGUCACAGGCACUAGCCCCCUCAGCCCUUGCCAGGCUUGGCCUCAUCUCUUCCCAGCAGGCCCCAGGGCACUGGUCCUCAAAGGGGCAGGCCAGCCUGGUCCAGGGAGUCCAGAAUAGCUCUGUUAGACGGUACUAGCCAGUGUGGAGUAGUUAGUCUGGAACAGCCAGGCCGGGCCACUUCCUUCAGUGUAGACAUGGUGUGAGAGCGCACAGGCAGCGUGCCAAGACAAGAG